CACUGAUUUCACCUUGUUAUCCUGGUCUGGUUUUGCUUUUAGUAUGCAGUAACGUCUUUUUUUGCGAAAACGAUGCGUUUCUCACACCUUUCUACCGCAACGAUGUCGUACUCAGCACGUGUAGUCGCGAUUGCCCCGCGUGCAUCCGCAUCGUGGAUCUGGACGUGGACCACUCUAGUACUGCUAUUAAUAACUAUCACCAUUGCAGCCUAUAAGGUUUCCGCCGACUCACGUAUAACUCCAGCAGCAGUGUAUACCUCGAAUCACGUUGCUGAGUACGUUUUAGAGUAUAGCGAAGCUUCAGGUGGUGAACACACGGUCAAGCUUUUCGACGAUUACGCGGACCUAUGGGCAGAUCGCUCGUCGGCCCUCUCCUGUUGGAAAAGAGGGAAGGAGGAAGUCUUCGAGAACUACAAUGCGUGCUGCGUGGACGACGAAAGCAGUCCGAUCUUAGUUGUAUGGCGGUGGAUCUUGUCGUUGUCUGCUAGAACAAUCUCCAUCAUUCAUAUCCAGUUGAUUCCAUGCUAGAGAAAUUCAAAUUUUUCAAUUGAUAUAGAUAUCGCUAAGAAGUUCCACCCUAGAUAGAUUGUUCGAAUGAACAAGAAGAGUAAAGAAAAGUACUAAGUAUCGAACUUUCUAGAAACCCAGUGGUGAUCUACAUUCAUGCAACAAAGCGCAGCAUCGGUGGCCCGAUGCUUUGAUCCCUACCAUGCUGCAGGAUUACCAACGCAACCCGAUCACGCGCUACCCCGAAUUGCAUUACACCCACAUAGCAAAGCAAGGUCUUGCUACUUCGGCGCGCGUCGAGGACAUUGUUGAUGCUGGAGACGAUGUGAUCUUCAGGUCCACGGAAAAGCCGACUACAACAGCUCUACCAUCUGACGUGCCAGCUUCUGAUGAAAGCAUGAUCGAAUUCGAGGACGGACACGCGAUGGAAGCACCUGCAUGGAAAGAGAACAUCCCGAAUAUUCUGCUCUCACACAUCAGCGGAAACAAGCCUUGGCAAGAAUGGGCCUUUCCUAUGCGUCGCCGACGCGGCAAGUGCGCGAUUCCCGGUGCAUGGGAGGACUUCGAGGAAGAAAAGCUCACUACUGGCCAACUGAUCUCGAGACUGCUCAAAUCCGCUUACUUCGAUCAAGAAGAGCCUGGAAAUGGCAGUGGCGAAGAUGGGUCGGGAACAAAGCAAGGAAAUCAAACACAGGUUAGGACUUCACUUGAGGCAGCUGCUGAAAGUGCGCUUGCUACGACUAACACUUCCAACGUCAAAGGAGCAGCAUCAACACCAUCUAGUACAACCUGCUCUGGGUCUGGUAGUGGUACUUUAGAUUCGUGCGAAAGCGAAGGCGGACAACUACUCGCUUCCGCUCCCGCUGCUGACGCAGUCCCUGAGUCAAUAUCUACCCGUGUCAAAAAGGCUAUGGCCGAACCCGACCCGAAGAAGCGUUGGAAAAUGCUGUCUAAGAUAGUUGAGAAGUCGAACAUACGUAUCGAACGCGACAGUGCCUUCUUUAAGAAGUGCUGCAUCAACGACAUUCUGAGACAGAUAGGGCUCACGCGACAUCUAUUUUCAGGCCUCGCAUCGUUUGUGCCCCGAAAUGUCACGAAAAUUUGCCCCGAUGGCAUUGCGGCCUUUGGAGGCUCACCCGCUGAUCCACCAAAAUUGGUCUGCGCUACUGAUUUUCGCGACGGCGGUAGGAUGAGGAUUGCGCCACCACCCCCAGAAAAGAAUUACACGGCUAAUGUUUAUUCGAGCCACAACAAUAGUACAAGAAGUAGAGAGGGG